UCAUAGAACUCUCAGAAGAACGGGACUGUCUCCGUUUUCUGCCGCACGCCUCGGCAGCACAAUCCCCUUGCGGAUCUCCCGGCAUGAAACGCACCGAGAGCCGACAGCACCUGUCGGUGGAGCUGGCGGAUGCCAAAGCAAAGAUAAGGCGGCUUAGGCAAGAGCUUGAGGAAAAGACUGAGCAGUUGCUUGACUGCAAACAAGAACUUGAACAGAUGGAAGCUGAACUAAAGAGACUUCAGCAAGAGAAUAUGAAUUUACUCUCGGAUGCCCGUUCUGCCAGAGUGUAUAGAGAUGAAUUAGAUGCUCUUCGUGAGAAGGCAAUUCGAGUCGACAAGCUUGAAAGUGAAGUCAGCCGGUAUAAAGAGAGGCUGCAUGAUAUUGAAUUCUACAAAGCUAGAGUGGAGGAGUUAAAAGAAGACAAUCAAGUGUUGCUAGAAACAAAGACAAUGUUGGAAGAUCAAUUAGAGGGGACCCGGGCCCGUUCUGAUAAGUUACAUGAGUUAGAAAAAGAGAAUCUGCAAUUAAAAGCUAAAUUACACGACAUGGAGAUGGAGCGUGAUAUGGACAGAAAGAAGAUUGAGGAACUCAUGGAGGAAAAUAUGACUCUAGAAAUGGCUCAGAAACAAAGUAUGGAUGAAUCAUUGCAUCUUGGCUGGGAACUGGAACAGAUAAAUAGGACUACUGAACUUUCUGAAGUGCCACAGAAAUCACUUGGUCAUGAAGUAAAUGAACUGACAUCGAGUAGAUUACUGAAGUUGGAAAUGGAAAACCAAAGUUUGCUGAAGACAGUCGAAGAACUACAAAGUGCAGUGGGCUCUGUAGAAGGCAGUAGUUCGAGGAUUCUAAAAAUGGAAAAAGAAAACCAAAGACUUAGCAAAAAGCUUGAAGAGCUAGAGAAGGAAAUUAGCCAAGAGAAACAAAGUCUUCAGAACAGUCAAAAUCUGAGUAAAGAUUUGAUGAAAGAAAAGGCGCAGCUUGAAAAGGCGCUUGAAAUGCUGCGAGAAAACUCAGAGCGACAAAUUAAGCUAUUAGAACAAGAAAAUGAACAUCUGACUCAAACCGUAGCUUCUCUGAGACAGCGCUCGCAAAUCAGCGCUGAAGCGAGAAUGAAAGAAAUUGAAAAAGAAAAUAAAAUCCUUCACGAGUCUAUUAAAGAGACCAGCAGUAAGUUAAACAAGAUUGAAUUUGAAAAAAAGCAAAUCAGGAAAGAACUGGAACACUACAAAGAGAAAGGGGAGAGAGCAGAAGAACUCGAGAACGAGCUGCAUCAUCUGGAGAAGGAAAAUGAACUGUUACAGAAAAAAAUUACUAACUUAAAAAUUACUUGUGAGAAGAUCGAGGCCUUAGAACAAGAAAACUCAGACCUGGAAGUGGAAAACAGAAAGCUCAAAAAAACUUUGGAUAGCCUCAAGAACCUCACUUUUCAGUUAGAAUCCUUAGAAAAGGAGAAUUCCCAACUUGAUGAAGAAAAUUUGGAGUUAAGAAGAACAAUCGAAUCCUUGAAGUGUACAAGCAUUAAAGUGGCCCAACUACAAUUAGAAAAUAAGGAACUGGAGAGUGAAAAGGAGCAACUGAAAAAAAGCCUUGAACUCAUGAAAGCCUCAUUUAAAAAAACGGAACGCUUGGAAGUCAGCUACCAAGGCCUAGACACAGAAAACCAAAGGCUACAGAAAGCCCUUGAGAACAGCAACAAGAAGAUUCAGCAAUUAGAAAGUGAAUUACAGGAUUUAGAGUCGGAAAAUCAGGCUCUGCAAAAGAACUUGGAAGAGUUAAAAAUCUCCAGUAAGCGCCUGGAGCAGUUGGAAAAGGAGAAUAAGUUGUUAGAACAAGAGACUUCUCAACUGGAAAAAGAUAAGAAGCAGCUAGAAAAAGAAAACAAAAGGCUUCGACAACAAGCAGAAAUUAAAGAUAGUACGUUAGAAGAAAACAAUGUAAAAAUUAGCAACCUGGAAAAAGAAAAUAAAUCUCUGUUUAAGGAAAUUGUUGUGUAUAAAGAGUCAUGUGUACGCCUGAAAGAACUGGAAAAGGAAAACAAAGAACUCGUGAAAAGAGCGACCAUCGAUAAGAAAACCCUGGUCACUUUACGAGAGGACUUGGUGAAUGAAAAACUGAAGACUCAACAAAUGAACAACGAUCUAGAAAAACUUGCCCAUGAACUUGAAAAAAUCGGCUUAAACAAGGAGCGUCUCUUGCAUGAUGAACAGAGCAGUGACGACAGCAGGUACAAGCUUUUGGAGUCCAAAUUAGAAUCCACGCUGAAGAAAUCUCUUGAAAUAAAAGAAGAAAAAAUUGCUGCUUUGGAGGCUCGUUUAGAAGAAUCAACAAAUUUAAACCAGCAACUCCGUCAGGAACUUAAAACAGUGAAAAAGAACUACGAAGCUCUCAAGCAAAGACAGGAAGAGGAAAGGAUGGUUCAGAAUUCUCCUCCAAGAAGUGGAGAAGAAAAUCAAUCUGUCAAUAAGUGGGAGAAGGAGAAUCAAGAAACUACCAGAGAAUUACUGAAAGUUAAAGAUAGAUUAAUCGAAGUGGAAAGGAAUAAUGCUACGCUGCAGGCGGAGAAGCAAGCGCUGAAGACGCAGUUAAAGCAACUCGAGACACAGAACAGCAAUCUGCAGGCUCAGAUUCUUGCGCUUCAGAGACAGACUGUUUCUCUGCAGGAGCAAAAUACAACUCUGCAAACGCAGAAUGCCAAGCUGCAGGUUGAAAAUUCCACCCUUAAUUCUCAAAGCACAUCGCUGAUGAACCAGAACGCGCAGCUGUUGAUCCAGCAGUCCGCCUUAGAGAACGAAAACGAGUGCGUGCUCAAGGAACGGGAGGAUCUGAAGUCGUUGUACGACUCCCUUCUCAAAGAUCAUGAGAAACUGGAACACCUGCACGAACGCCAGGCUUCCGAGUAUGAAUCUCUGAUCGCAAAGCAUGGAAGUCUUAAGUCUGCACACAAAAAUCUGGAGGUGGAGCAUAAGGACUUAGAAGAUAGGUACAACCAGUUGCUGAAACAGAAGGUGCAGCUGGAAGAGUUGGAGAAAGUACUCAAGCUGGAACAGGAGAAAAUGUUCCAGCAAAACGAGAAACACGAAAGUGUAGCAGCAGAGUAUAAAAAACUUUGUGAUGACAAUGAAAGGCUCACGCACACGUACAGUCAGCUCCUGAGGGAGAAUGAAGUCCUCCAAACUGACCAUAAGAAUCUGAAAACGUUACUGAACAAUUCCAAACUGGAACAAACGCGAUUAGAAGCAGAGUUUUCCAAACUCAAAGAACAGUACCAACAACUGGAUAUUACGUCAACAAAACUAAAUAAUCAGUGUGAGCUGCUUAGCCAGCUUAAAGGAAAUCUGGAGGAGGAAAACAGACAUCUACUAGAUCAAAUUCAGACAUUAAUGCUACAGAACAGAACACUACUUGAGCAGAAUAUGGAAAGCAAGGAUCUCUUCCACGUGGAGCAAAGGCAGUACAUUGACAAGCUAAAUGAAUUAAGGCGACAGAAGGAGAAAUUGGAGGAGAAGAUAAUGGAUCAGUAUAAAUUUUAUGAGCCAUCUCCGCCAAGAAGGGGCAACUGGAUUACUCUGAAAAUGAGGAAGCUGAUAAAGUCGAAGAAGGAGGUUAAUCGAGAACGGUUGAAGUCCGUCACCCUUACGCCCCCCCGUUCAGAAUCCAGUGAAGGAUUUCUUCAGCUGCCCCACCAGGACAGUCAGGAUAGCUCCUCGGUGGGCUCAAACUCUCUUGAAGAUGGCCAGACCUUGGGGACCAAAAAGAGUAGCAUGGUUGCACUGAAAAGACUGCCCUUUUUGAGGAACAGACCGAAGGAAAAAGACAAAAUGAAGGCCUUCUACCGUCGCUCCAUGUCCAUGAAUGACCUGGUGCAGUCCAUGGUCCUGGCAGGAGGACAAUGGACAGGUAGUUCUGAGCAUCUGGAGGGUCCUGAUGAUAUAUCCACGGGUAAAAGGAGGAAAGAAUUGGGAGCUAUGGCCUUCUCUACCACAGCCAUCAACUUUGCAGCCGUCAACUCUUCUACAGGCUUCAGAUCCAAGCAGUUGCUAAAUAAUAAAGAUACUACAUCCUUUGAAGAUGUAAGUCCACAAGGUAUUAGUGAUGAUUCUAGCACAGGAUCAAGAGUUCAUGCUUCCAGACCAGCCAGCCUCGACAGUGGCCGAACAUCCGCUAGCAACAGCAAUAACAAUGCUUCGCUCCAUGAAGUCAAAGCAGGUGCAGUUCACAGUCAAAGCAGGCCGCAGAGCCACAGCAGCGGAGAAUUCAGCCUGCUGCAUGAACACGAGGCCUGGUCUAGCAGCAGCAGCAGUCCCAUUCAGUAUCUGAAAGGUCCUACGAGGUCCAGUCCUGUGCUCCAGCAGAGAACGCCCGAAUCGCUGGACAGUCGUGGAAAACUGACCAAGGCCGGUUCCCCUGGAAGUGAAGUCGUUACCCUGCAACAGUUUUUAGAAGAAAGCAACAAGAGCACCUCAAGCGAGUGUGAGCUGCGUCCUGGUACGCCGUACUUGCUGUAUUGCACACAGAAUCAGUUGGGAACUUCACAGCUUGACCCUUUCGGGGUUGCUGAAUUCGGUAAGAACGCCGAUCUCUGCUGCGCAGAACCGUUCAGGGUGCUGGUGCCUGGCACGCUCUGGGAGUUCCGAUGGAAGGCCGACAGCUACUUCCCUUCCAGCAGUUACCUUCAGCAAGGGCUGUUGUCAGCUCUGUCUUGGCUCAACAGGAAGCAAGAUGCUUUGUGUCUUGUCUGCUUCGGUUUCACCUUUUUAACUCUGCUGGGCAAAAAACCUGACCCCGGAGCUCAGUCAGAUCUGAAAGGAGUAACUCAGCGAAUGGCUCUCUGCAUCAGUGAGUUUGUUAGCAGCCCGGAGUCACCUUGUCUCUCCUCGUGUUCUGACUUCUUCGUCGCUAGUUCUUGA